GUGUUUUCACUUCCUUCACUUUAGAGCUGUAUCCGGGUCGUUGCUUUCCCUAUUGUCUCAGGCAACCGACCUCGGACUGUGCAAAUUCUGGGUCUUUUGUUGCUUCUGGUGCAGGCUAAUAAAGUUUUUCUUUAUUUUAUUUUUUUGCUUAACAGUUUUAACGGGAGAAAUUAACUCCCAAGGGCUGCCGGGCUGGCCCCGCUGCCUGGGGAGAGGGCGCCUCUGGCCGGGGAGCGCUGCGGGCAGGGGCGCGGGCGGCUGGGGCCCGUUCCGGGAGGACCUGGGUAGGUGAGAGGGAGGAACCUCGGGGCAGCUCCCGGGGGCGCCGCAGAUUUUAAAUAGCAUCUUUCGGAUUUGUUCGGCGGUCUCAGUCCUAACCACGGCGCUGCCUGGUCUCCCGCAGCUUCUCCUUAGGUCUCCUUCAAACGAUCACCUCACGGAUUCUUUAUGGAUCGCAGCUCCAAGAGGAGGCAGGUGAAGCCUUUGGCAGCUUCUCUGCUAGAAGCUCUCGAUUAUGAUAGUUCAGAUGACAGUGAUUUUAAAGUUGGAGAUGCCUCAGAUUCUGAAGGGAGUGGUAAUGGAAGUGAAGAUCCCUCAAAGGACAGUGCAGAAGGUUCCUGUAGUGAUUCUGAAGAAAAUAUUUUAGAGGAAGAACUGAAUGAAGAUGUUAAAAUAAAAGAAGAACAACUCAAAAGUUCUGCAGAGGAAGAAAUACUGUCAUCAGAAAAACAGUUAAUUAAAGUGGAAAAGGAGGAAGAAGAGAAUGGAGAAAGACCUCGAAAGAAAAAGGAGAAAGAAAAAGAAAAGGAAAAAGAGAAGGAGAAAGAAAAAGAAAAAGAGAAGGAGAAAGAAAAAGCAUCAGUAUCUGAUAAUGUGAUUCCUUGCACUGCUUCCACCACACCAGCCACAAGUCCUCCUGCUGUUAACACAUCUCUUUCAGUCCCCACUACGACAACCACUACAGAGGAGCAAGUCAGUGAGCCAAAAAAGUGGAACCUUCGUCGAAACCGACCACUGUUGGAUUUCGUAUCCAUGGAAGAGUUGAAUGAUAUGGAUGACUAUGACAGUGAAGAUGACAAUGACUGGAGGCCUACUGUAGUAAAGAGAAAGGGAAGAUCUGCAUCUCAGAAAGAAGGAAGUGAUGGAGACAAUGAAGAUGAUGAAGAUGAGGGAAGUGGGAGUGAUGAGGAUGAGAAUGAUGAAGGCAACGAAGAAGAUCAUAGCAGCCCUGCCAGUGAAGGGGGUUGUAAGAAGAAGAAGAGUAAAAUUCUUAGCAGAAACAGUGCUGAUGAUGAAGAACUGACCAAUGAUAGCCUGACACUAUCUCAAAGCAAGAGUAAUGAGGACUCGCUGAUUCUUGAGAAGGGCCAAAACUGGAGUUCUCAAAAAAUGGACCAUAUCCUGAUUUGCUGUGUUUGUCUUGGGGAUAAUAGUGAAGAUGCUGAUGAAAUAAUUCAGUGUGACAACUGUGGCAUUACAGUCCAUGAAGGUUGCUAUGGAGUUGAUGGAGAGAGUGACUCUAUUAUGAGUUCAGCUUCUGAAAACUCCACUGAACCUUGGUUUUGUGAUGCCUGCAAAUGUGGUGUUUCCCCGAGCUGUGAACUAUGUCCUAAUCAGGAUGGAAUUUUCAAGGAGACAGAUGCUGGAAGAUGGGUUCACAUUGUUUGUGCACUGUAUGUUCCUGGAGUAGCCUUUGGAGAUAUUGACAAAUUACGACCAGUAACACUAACAGAAAUGAACUAUUCCAAAUAUGGUGCCAAGGAGUGUAGCUUCUGUGAAGACCCUCGUUUUGCCAGAACUGGGGUUUGUAUCAGCUGUGAUGCAGGGAUGUGCAGAGCCUAUUUUCAUGUGACCUGUGCCCAGAAGGAAGGUCUUCUUUCAGAGGCAGCAGCAGAGGAGGAUAUAGCAGAUCCAUUUUUUGCUUAUUGUAAGCAACAUGCAGAUAGGUUAGACAGAAAGUGGAAGAGAAAAAACUACUUGGCUCUACAAUCCUAUUGUAAAAUGUCUUUACAAGAGAGAGAGAAGCAGCUAUCACCAGAAGCACAGGCAAGGAUCAAUGCCCGACUUCAGCAGUAUCGUGCCAAAGCAGAACUAGCUCGAUCCACCAGACCCCAGGCCUGGGUUCCCAGGGAAAAAUUGCCCAGACCACUCACUAGCAGUGCUUCUGCCAUUCGUAAGCUGAUGAGGAAAGCAGAACUAAUGGGGAUCAGUACAGAUAUCUUCCCAGUGGACAAUUCAGAUACCAGUUCUAGUGUGGAUGGACGGAGAAAGCAUAAGCAACCUGCUCUGACUGCUGAUUUUGUGAAUUAUUACUUUGAGAGGAAUAUGCGCAUGAUUCAAAUUCAGGAAAAUAUGGCUGAACAAAAGAAUAUAAAGGAUAAAUUAGAGAAUGAACAAGAAAAGCUUCAUGUGGAAUAUAAUAAGCUAUGUGAAUCUUUAGAAGAACUACAAAAUCUGAAUGGAAAACUUCGAAGUGAAGGGCAAGGAAUAUGGGCCUUACUAGGCAGAAUCACAGGGCAGAAGUUGAACAUACCAGCAAUUUUGCGAGCACCCAAGGAGAGAAAACCAAGUAAAAAAGAAGGUGGCACACAAAAGACAUCUGUUCUUCCUGCAGUGCUUUACAGUUGUGGAAUUUGUAAGAAGAAUCAUGAUCAGCAUCUUCUUUUAUUGUGUGAUACCUGUAAACUCCAUUACCAUCUUGGAUGUCUAGACCCUCCUCUUACAAGGAUGCCAAGAAAGACCAAAAACAGCUAUUGGCAGUGUUCAGAAUGUGACCAGGCAGGAAGCAGUGACAUGGAAGCAGACAUGGCCAUGGAAACCUUACCAGAUGGGACCAAACGAUCAAGGAGGCAGAUUAAGGAACCAGUGAAAUUUGUUCCACAAGAUAUGCCUCCAGAACCCAAGAAGAUUCCAAUAAGAAACACGAGAACCAGAGGACGAAAACGAAGCUUCAUUCCUGAGGAAGAAAAACAUGAGGAAAGAGUUCCUAGAGAAAGAAGACAAAGGCAGUCUGUGUUACAAAAGAAGCCGAAGGCUGAAGAUUUACGAACUGAAUGUGCAACUUGCAAGGGAACUGGAGACAAUGAAAAUCUCGUCAGGUGUGAUGAAUGCAGACUGUGUUACCAUUUUGGCUGUCUGGAUCCUCCUUUGAAAAAGUCUCCUAAACAAACAGGCUAUGGAUGGAUAUGUCAGGAGUGUGAUUCUUCAUCUUCUAAGGUGAGACCUAUGACUUGCUUCUAAGCAACUAAUUUUGACGAAAAUGAAGGUAUGAACAUGACUACGUUUAUGUAAUUAUGUACAUAAGAUGGCAACAUGAAUUUUGUCAAGAGACAAAAUUUUGUCAAAUUUGGCUGACUUGCUGAUCUUGAUGAGAGGAGGACCAAGCGGCAACGAGGGACCAUGGAUGACCCCCAGCCGACAGCCAGUGGGGACACAAAGCCUGCAACCACAGGGGGACACAAAGCCUGCAACCACAGGGAACGGAUUCUGCCAAUGACCUGACUGGAAUGAACCCUUUCUCAACAAACAAUCAGAAGAGGCCCCAAACAACAUCUUCACUGCAGCCUUGCAGAAAAUGAAGUGUGCCCAGACUCCCGACCCACAGAAACCG